AUGGUCAAGCCGUCUUUCGUGUUUGUACCCGGAGCCUGGCAUAGGGCUGAAAUUUGGAACAAAGUUGCGUUUAUCCUUGAGGCGCAAGGCUACAAAUGUCUAUUAGUCACGCUACCCACGACGAACGGCAGUAAUACAUCUUCGUUUGUAGAUGAUGUUCACGCAACGCAAGACAUGAUCCGAUCAGAGACGUCUCAAGGCCGUGACGUAGUGGUUGUCGUACAUUCUUAUGGGGGUGUGGUGGGUCAAAGUGCAAUGAAGGGCUUCACUGUGACGAAAGAUUCCGGGAACAAUACGGGACACGUGAUUGGUCAAUUCAUAAUUGCUUCGGGCUUUGCAAUUGCAGGAAUGACUUUUCUCGAUGGCACAGGUGGCGUUCCUCCACCAACCUGGGGAAUCGAUCCGAGCGGCUUCGCAGAGUUGCGGGUGCCUGCGCGUGAGCUUUUCUACCACGAUUUGCCUGAGGAAGAAGGUCAUGAAUGGGUUGCGAGGUUGACUAAACAGUCGAUGAAAGCGUUCACAGAGGGUCGAGAUGUCACGUAUACUGGUUGGCUGGAAGUGCCGAAUUGGCUUCUGAUGACCACAGAUGACAAAGCUCUGCCCAUAGAUACACAGCGGAUGAUGGCUGCUAUGGUGAAAGAUCAGGCGAAACUAACAGUCAGAGAAAUCGCUACGAGCCAUUCUCCUAUGCUUAGCAAGCCAGAAGAGGUUGCUAACAUGAUUAUCGAAGCUACGAACACAUUUACCACGGUCAAGGAUUCUGCGUCCAUCGAAUUUGGAGACAUUCCAGCCAAUAUUAAAUAGAGGCCGAUUCAGGUACAAGAAGCAUUAAGAUCAACAUUGGCAUCCAAACCAAACAACUGCAUAUAGUUCACGUUUAACAAUUUCUACAUCUCAUCUCAAAUACAUUAGCAGUGAGAGAAAAAUGCAAAACUUCUCUG